AUGGGAAAGCAGAAUGGAUGCCCCGAAAUUGCCAGCCUACAAUUGAAACAGAGCGAUGAAUGUUCCUUGCUUCUAAAAUUUGUCAAGCAGGAGGUGACGCAUUACAAGCAAUAUCCACCCAACACAAGCAAAGUUUAUUCCUACUUUGAAUGUCGUGAAAAGAAGACGGAGAACUCCAAAUUAAGGAAGGUCAAAUAUGAGGAAACUGUUUUUUAUGGAUUGCAGUACACACUUAUUAAAUACUUACAAGGCAGAGUGGUAACCAAAGAGAAAAUACAAAUAGCCAAAGAAGUAUACAAGGAACAUUUUCAAGACGACGUCUUCAAUGAAACGGGAUGGAACUAUAUUCUUGAGAAGUACGAUGGCCGUCUUCCUAUUGAAAUAAAGGCUGUUCCUGAGGGAUUUGUCAUUCCAAGAGGAAAUGUUCUUUUCACAGUUGAAAACACAGAUCCGAACUGUUACUGGCUAACAAACUGGAUUGAGACCAUUCUUGUUCAGUCAUGGUAUCCCAUCACCGUCGCUACAAACUCCAGGGAACAGAAGAAGAUACUGGCAAAAUACUUGCUGGAGACCUCAGGCAGUUUAGAAGGACUGGAAUACAAACUUCAUGAUUUCGGUUACCGAGGGGUGUCUUCACAAGAGACUGCAGGAAUUGGAGCUUCGGCACAUUUGGUGAACUUCAAAGGCACGGAUACCGUAGCAGGAAUUGCUUUAAUUAAGAAAUAUUACGGCACAAAAGACCCUGUCCCAGGUUAUUCCAUUCCAGCUGCUGAACACAGUACUAUAACAGCUUGGGGAAAAGAUCACGAAAAAGAUGCUUUCGAACAUAUCGUGACCCAUUUCUCUUCAGUGCCUGUAUCUGUGGUCAGCGACAGUUAUGACAUUUACAAUGCUUGCGAAAAAAUAUGGGGUGAGGAUUUAAGGCAUUUGAUUGAGUCAAGAAGUGCCGAAGCGCCUCUGAUUAUCCGGCCAGAUUCCGGAAAUCCUCUGGACACCGUGCUGAAGGUUUUGGAAAUUUUAGGAAAGAAGUUCCCUAUUACAGAAAAUUCAAAAGGUUAUAAAGUAUUGCCACCUUACCUCAGAAUUAUUCAAGGAGACGGUGUGGACAUCAACACAUUGCAAGAGAUCGUGGAGGGCAUGAAAAAGCAGAAAUGGAGCAUUGAAAACAUUGCCUUUGGCUCAGGUGGAGCCCUUCUGCAGAAAUUAACCAGAGAUCUCUUGAACUGCUCGUUCAAAUGCAGCUACGUGGUUACUAAUGGCCUGGGGGUGAACGUCUUCAAAGAUCCCGUCGCCGAUCCAAACAAACGUUCAAAGAAAGGAAGGUUGUCCUUACACAGAACGCCGAAUGGAGACUUUGUUACACUAGAAGAAGGCAAAGGGGAUCUAGAAGAAUAUGGGCAGGAUCUCCUUCACACGGUGUUUAAAAACGGUGUAGUAACGAAGAUGUACUCCUUCGAUGAAAUCAGACAAAAUGCCAAGUUGAAGACAAGUGAAUUUUCUGUGGCGUCUCACUAAAGUUUCAUUCCAUGUUGAUAUAUGUGCAACAAUUAUGUACUGAUAUUGGUUUCUUGUAGAGAUCUGUGUGUUUGUGUUUGCCACAUCCUAGCCAAAUUAUUUGUUGGUUUAUGGACAUCAGUGCCCUAUUAUUUUUUUCUUCUUAAUUUUUGGCCAGUCUAAAAUUGAAAUAUUUACAGCAGAAAACCUGAUCCGUGUAAUUCUAGAGUCCUUUGCUAGUCGUGAUUCAAUCUGAUCCGGAUCUCAGUGAGAAGAGUGAUGAGAUGUUUUAUAAAUAAAUGAGAAUAUAUAUAUAGAUAAAUAAAUAUAUAUAUAUAUAUAUACAGUAGCCUAUCACAAAAGAAGAUUUACCGAAUAGUAUCAUUGCUUUAUGUUUAUAAUUAACUUGUAUUUUUGUACAAAACUGAGAUUGUGUAAAAUAUAUUUAAAAGUUUCAAUAAUUCCGUCUUUCCAACUUUUCGUGAUUUUUACGAGCACAGACUUUCAAGGAAAUAACUGGGGGAAAUGGGUGGGAAGAAAACUCACUGCUUUUUUUUUUUUUUGUCCAUUGAUCAGCAAAUAAAACAUGGCCUUAAGUGUUCUCGUGAAAAAUUGUCCUGUUUGGAAGUUUUAAAUCAGGAUAACUUAGCUCACAACUCGGGGCGGGGGUGGGGGGGGAAUUGUGUAUCUACCAAAACUGUAUGAUGCGUAACUUCUAUAAAUAAACCUUUGCUUUAGGAGGAGGAGAUAAAUAUGCACGAAUGCCAAACAAUGAGUAAUUUAUUGUUGCAAAAAAAUUAUUGCCAAGUUUGUCUCUUUCUUCAAACAGGCCGCAAUCUCAACGCACACCUGAAUUCGGUGUAAAAUCCCAUUGAAAUUCAAUGGGCUUUAUUCAGUGGCGGGAUUCAAAUAAUUUUAACAACCGGUUCUCUGCCCUAAUGAUUUCUUCCAACAAUUAGUUCACCAAACUGCUCAGAAAGUUAACAACCAGUUCUCCCAAACUGGUGUGAACUGGCUGAAUCCCACUACUGGGUUUAUUUCAACUGGCUGUCAAGCUAAGACGUCUCCUUUCAAACCCCCAGAUGUAUGAAAUACUGUAGGGGCAGGCGUGCAAACUGCUACAUUAAUUCAGAUUUUAUUUGAUUUUAUUUUCAUACCUGGUUACAAACGACAAAGUGAAAAUACUGGAUUGAAUAAUGCACUUUUAAAAAAAAAAUUUUUGUAUUUUAGUCUUGUGGUUUUUGUUUUUCCUUUGUCAAACUGGAUGUUAAAUUGUAUAGAUGUCUUAAAUAUUUUUUGUUAAAUAAUUCUAAUAAAACAUUGUUCUAGCCAAA